GACGACACCCAGGAUGUGUCCCGAAGACCACGUGGCCCCAGGAGGCGCCAGUGCUAGCCAUGGGCGUGCAGCCCCCCAACUUCUCGUGGGUGCUCCCCGGCCGGCUGGCGGGGCUGGCCCUGCCCCGGCUCCCCGCCCACUACCAGUUCCUGCUGGACCAGGGUGUGCGGCACCUGGUGUCACUGACGGAGCGCGGGCCCCCGCACAGCGACAGCUGCCCCGGCCUCACCCUGCACCGACUGCGUAUCCCAGACUUCUGCUCGCCGGGCCCAGAGCAGAUCGAGCGCUUCGUGAAGAUUGUCGACGAGGCCAACGCCCGGGGAGAGGCGGUGGGAGUGCACUGUGCCCUGGGCUUUGGCCGCACGGGUACCAUGCUGGCUUGUUACCUGGUGAAGGAGCGGGGCCUGGCUGCAGGGGACGCCAUCGCUGAGAUCCGGCGCCUUCGACCCGGCUCCAUCGAGACCUAUGAGCAAGAGAAGGCGGUCUUCCAGUUCUACCAGCGAAGGAAAUAAGGGACCUCAGCACUCUUCUGCCAGGCCCCCCGCGGCCCUGACCUGUGUGUUAGAUGGGGCCAGAGACGCGGAAGUGAACUAAAAGUGCUAAGCCCUCCAGCGCUCGCUUGGCUGGCUCAAAAGACAGAAGUAGCCCUUCCCUGCAGGCAGGCCCUGGUAGGAGGAUGGCUGGAGAAGCACCAAUGUGGGGUGUCCCUCUGCCACUGCCUUGAAUAAAUAAAGAACCAGCUCACACUGCAUAGCACUUUAAGUUUACAAAGUGCUCC